AUGUCGCGGCGUGGACUCUUUGUGUCUGAUGUUGCGUACCCGCCCUGGGAACUUGGGUCUGGCGGGCUAGGCGGCAACGCCGACAUGGUGCGGGGCCACCUCGUAAAGAACGGAUCCCAGCCGCCCACGCCUACGCCCACUCAAACCAACCUCCCUUCCAGCAAAAUGCAGACCAAGACACUCGUUAUUGCCCUCCUGGCCGCUGUCGCAUCGGCCGCGGCCGUGCCCCGCGACGUGGCUGCUCCUUCAAGCGCUGCUACUCUCGAAAAGGGGAGUGCUUAUCACCCCGCGCGUAUUGCUAUUUAA